AUGACUGCCCGUCUAGUCCUGGUCAUCGGUGACUUGUUCAUUCCCGAUCGAGCUCCUGAUCUCCCACCCAAGUUCCGGAAGCUCCUUACCCCCGGAAAGAUUGGUCAAAUCCUGUGUCUCGGGAACCUCACCGAUCGCGAGACCUAUGAGUUUCUCCGCCAGGUAGCCCCCGACCUGCAAAUGGUCAAGGGCGAUUACGACGUCGACUCACCAAGCCUGCCCCUCUCAAAGAUUGUAACUCAUGGUAGCCUGCGCAUUGGUUUCACACAUGGCCAUACCGUCAUCCCGCCGGGUGAUGCUGAUGCCUUGUUGAUCGCUGCCCGGCAGAUGGACGUGGACGUUCUGCUCUGGGGUGGAACCCACCGCUUUGAAGCAUUCGAGAUGGAAGGUCGAUUCUUUGUCAAUCCAGGCAGUGCUACUGGUGCUAUGAGUUCCGGUUACUGGCCGGAGGGCGAGGAGCCUACGCCGAGCUUCUGCCUGAUGGACAUCCAGGGAGAUGUCCUUACACUGUACGUGUACCAACUCAAGACAGACGCCAGUGGAGUCGAGAAUGUGUCUGUUGAGAAGGUCUCCUACCGCAAGAGCCAACCCCAAACCGCAUAA